CACAAUCCCAAUUAAUAUUGAAAUUGAGGAGGGAGACGAUACAAAGAAUGAUGAUAUAUGCAAUAGAAGCAUGAACGCAGCGGUUGGAACAGAUGGUGGUAUUACGGGGAUAGGGUGUAAUGUGUCAGAUGAAAAUUUAGUCGGGGAUGAUGAUUUUCAGAAUCAACCACCUAAUCUUGGAAGAGAAAGAACUGGGAGAGUGAAAAAAGAGUGGCUGGUAGACAUUAAAGUUGGUUAUGAGAAGCUAAAAACUAGGUCAUCUCCUCAUGUAUUGAUAAAAGCGAUUAAAGGCAUGAAUGAAGUGCAACGAUCGGAGGUAGAGAAGAUUGGCUUUGGAUCAAUUUUAAAGAUGGAAAUUUCAGAGUUGCCCGCAAGGUUAGGACGUUGGGUUGUGGAGAAUUACAAUGCAAGAAGCAACACCCUGCAAUUUCCUAAGGACAGAGAGAUGCACAUAACUAAAGAGGAUGUGUAUAUUGUGUUGGGUUGGCCAAAUGGUGGACAAAGGAUUGAGUGCAACAAAAGUAACAAGGACAGAAUUCUCCUAGAGAAAUGGAGACUUAAAUUUGGAAGGAAAGAUGGUAAAAUUACCGCUGGUGAUGUUGUGGAAAAGAUGUUGAUGUGUAAAGACGGAGGGGAGUGGUUUAUACGGCAUUUCAUGGUGCUGAUCGUGGCGGUUCUCAUCGAUAGCACAUCGCAUGGUUAUAUGAAUGCAUUGGUACUGGAUCAUCUAAGGAAUGUUCAAGAGGUGUUUUAUGUGGAUCGUGUUGCUGUUUACACGAGGUCUAUGCCAAGGAUGUUUCCAGCAGUAGUUGGAUGGACUGCUAAAACACUGCGAGAAAGAGAGAAUACAGAAGUUAAGGAUGGAGGAUUUGGGAUUGGACAUGACGAUGGAAGAUUGGGAGCAGAACAACGAAUUGUGAUGGUGAAUACAAUGGAUGAUGAUGCACAGGAACAUGAAUCUAGUGCAAACGAAAGUGAUGCUCCGGUGGACUUGGUGGUAGAGGAUUCCGAGGAGAGCUUGCUCUUGGAUGACGAUCCAAUUUGGAGCAGUCCAGAGGUCAUAGCUGCUGUUGAUUUAGCUUAGAAGGCAGCACAUGUGCGAGCCAAAUAUCAUGAGGUGGUAAGUGAUAUGCCUUCUUUUAGCUUAGGAAUGACACAUGAGUAUGAAGGUGAUAGAUGUGGCAUAACAUCCAUCGAACAUGCUGGGAAAAAGAUAGAUGUGGGGAGUCUAAAUACUGAGGUGGCGCCAUUACGAGUUUGUGAAACGGCAGUUGUAGAGAGUGCAGAGGGAGGAAAAUCAAAUCCUUUUAACAAU